AACGCACACAACACGAUGUGGCUGCUCUCAGGUCUGUUGGCCUCGUGGUUACAUCUGUCUGGAUGUAGCCUGCCCCACCCGGUAGAGAGGCCAGGUGAUCCAAAUGGAGGCCACCCAGCACAUAGAGUUUACAUUUAAUAAACAACACAAGCAUUAAGCUGUUUAAAUAGAUAGUUCAGUCCUUUUUUUUAAUAGCUAAAUGUAAUUGAUUAUCUCUGCUGCUUCUCUCUGUUACAUCACAGUGAAGUGAAGAUGCUGGAGGGUUUCAGCUGCUGUUGCACAUUUUGAAGAAACCAUCUUGUUUUACAUUUUAUUCAAUUAGCAGAUUAAUCUUUAGCAGGAACGUGGUGACCUCCCGUUGGGCUCGUGCAGGUGCUGCAGUCUGAGCAGAUACAACCACCUGUGUCCUCAGAUGCUUCAUGUGGAUGAGAACAAACCUGCUAAUGAGAAGAGAGAAAGUUUAGCUGCAGCUCUGAGAGACGUCACUCAGAUUAAUCCGUUCACAGGCGUGACUGACGACAGCCGGCGCCAACCGCCUCACAGAGAACAUGCUCUUCAGAUCCAGACCUGGAUACCUCUGACUCACCAUUGUCUUGAACGCUGUCUUUUGUGCGUUGGCAUUUGAUUUGUGUGUGUGUGUGUUGUUAUGAUAAGGUGGCUGCUGAUGGGACAGGGUGAGACAGGCCUGGACACAGACUGUCAGGAAUGAGCUCACAUCACGGCUGCUGCUGCAGAUUAGCUGCUGGAGCUGGAGGUUGCACAGCGGGGAUCGACCGCGUGUUGCUCAACUUCCCAGACCCUGCAGCUUUAUGGAGGCUCAGCUCCGAUUAUACGGAUUUAGGGUGAUGGUUUAAUACAGUAACUCUCAUGGCCACUAAUCUGAAAGUUGCCUUGUUGGCAGGGGAAGGAGUUUCAGAGUAUUUUAAAUAAAUGUUGUUGCAGAGGACACUUGAGGAUGUUCUGCUUCUCGAGGUGGAGCUCAGGUCUCACAAGUCGAGCACUUCAGGAUGUUUGUUAAGCUGCUUUCUGACAGUAACCAAAGUUCUGGCGUGUUCCUGACGUGUUCCUGACGUGUUCUGUAUGUGAGCUAUAAAGCUAUAAACACAUUGAAGUGUUAAUUAACUAAGACUCUAUUGUCGUUGGUUAUCUUUCUACUCAGCAGCCUCCAGAUUUUCUUUUCCUCCUCUAUUUGUUUUGAAAAAGUUUCCUCUGCAGAUUUAACUCAGACGCACAUGUCGGCUAAACACACAGCCAACCCCCCCAACACACACACACACCUGCAUUCCUCAGCUUUGUAAUACCCCCCCCUCCCCCUGUGUUAGCAGGUCAUUGUUGUCAUUAGCAGCAUCUGAAUGGUCCUAAUGCAUGACUCACCAGGGGGGUCGUUACAUCUCGUUAUACCUAACACACCGCCUGUGUCUUCUCCACACACACACACACACACACACACACACUGGUCUCCGUCUGCAGCCUCCUCCUCACAGCAGAGAUGCUGUUUGCUCUCCUCACUCCUCACUCGUGUGUGUUCAUGGGGGAGAGAGGAGGAGAUGAGUGUGAAGUCAUGUCAAGGUAAACGCUCCCUGACACACAACACAGGCUGUUUACUGUACUCACGCACCUGAGGCAGGAAGCAGACGACCUCACACACGACACACGACACACGACAUUCUCUGUCCACACCUAAAAACACAUGGUCACGUGAUGUAAACAGGAAGUAGAUUGUCUCUGCAGCUGGUAUAUUAGUUACAGAAAAUCCUCUGAAGGAGGAACAGCGAUGGUGAAAAGUCUGAUUGUUGAUCAUUUAGUGUUUUGAUUGCACACGCACGCACACACACACACACACAGACUCACACGCACAGACACACACCAGCCUUCAUUCCUGCGUCACACCUGAGCAGCAGUGAGUGGCAGCAAGACGGAGAACAGAUAACUACGCUUUGUUUUCACUUUGUUUAAACAGGUUUUUGUUGGCAAAUCUGUGCGUUUGUGUGUUUGUGUGUGUGUGUGUGUGUGUUUUGCAGUGCUUGUUUACUUAGAAUUGGUCCCUUUCAGCCGACUGGAUAAUCCCAGAAUUCCUCUGUUUACUCCACAUUGUCUCCAAACUUUUAAAAUACCAGGAGGAUGACCUGCGUUAAACAACACACACACACACACACACACACACACACACACACACACACAAACCCACACACACUUAUGUUUUUCUGUGAGAUAUAUUGGUUAAUGGUUUUUAAUCUUCUUUAGCUCUUCAUGAUUCUUUUUGUGAAACGUUCAGAUUGUUUCCAUUUACUUACUGAUGGUUGAAGUUUGUUUCAUUUGACAGAAACAACCAACAAAUAUAAUAAAUAUCAAAGCAUUUAAACAACACACAACUUGUUUUAAAGACACAAAGAAGAAGAGUUUGGUUGAUCUCUAAUAAAUGAUGAGGUUGUGUUUUUCACAUCUGUUUCUCUGUAGUGGCUUGAAUAUGAAGAGAGAAUGUGUAUGUGUGUGUGAAUGGGGGGGGGGGGUCAUAAACAGCAGGAAGCCUAAUAACUUCUCCUUCUAGGCGCACAGUGAUUUUAUGCUUCCCUCUGUAAUAGACUGAUUGUGCUGGGGUGUGUGUGUGCAUUGAUUUUCUUGGUAUUUCUAGCAGCUGGAUCCAGUUAGUGCUGUGAGCCCGAGCUUCCUCAGGCCUCUGAAUGGGAGGGGGGGGGCAUUGUGGAGUUUCUGUGUUUGUAUUUCAGGGGAACAGGAUUGUGUGUGUGUGUGUGCGUGUGUGCGUGUGCGCGGGCACUGCACUUGUGGGGGAGGUUUGGUGCGUGCACGUCUGAAUCAGAGGAGAACGAGCUGCAGAACAACUCGACUGAAAUCCCAAACGAUGGCCGCCUGGUUCCGUGUUGUUCAGCCCGUGUCAGAACCAACACGCCUGAAAACGCACGUCACAUGACCUCUCACGUUACAUAACAGAACCAAUCCGGAAGAGAAGCUUUAGUUAGGUCUCAGUCCAACGAUGGACGACAGGACAGACUCUUAAAAGUGCAGCCAAAUAGUCCAGAUCGCCCCCUGGUGUCCGGCUGCAGUAUGGGUCAUACUCCCUCCUCCUCCAUGCGUGUGCGGUUCCAGCAGAAAGAAUGUAAACAUGUGGCAGAUGAGCUCGGUUGUCUCACCUGGUGCCGGAGUACCUGCCAUUCCAGUGGCCUCUGCUGGACGUCCCUGGAAGAGCAACCAUCAGAGACUCUGCUACUCCUACACAACUGUCUAACAGUGUACCUGUAGUGCAGCACCCCCACAUGACCCACCUCCACCCGCUGCUGUCCUACAGUCCAGAGGCCUUCUCCCCUCAGAGGGCCUCACCCGGCUUCUCUCCUGACGCAGGUGUGUCGAGGUCGCCUCACUCUGCCUGUUACCCUGUGUCUCCUGGAGCCAUGACUCCCAUCCCUCACCUGUUUGAUUGGCUGCAGCGACAGCCCAUGUAUCCGAUGGGAGGAGGGUUCACACCUGCUGCUUUGUCCAGUCUGGUGUCGAGUGGUUUCUCUCCACGUCUGGUGCCGAACCCCCAGUCGUCCAUCCCCCACCCGGCCAUCGUGCCCACGGGGGGGGAGCAGCAGCCUGGAUGCAGCAGCCAGUCCAGCAGGAAGUCGAUGCCUGAAGCUCACCAGGAGAAAGAGGAGGAGAAGAAGCCUCACAUCAAGAAACCACUGAACGCCUUCAUGCUGUACAUGAGGGAGGAGAGACCCAAGGUGGUGGCUCAGUGCAACGUGAAGGAGAGCGCCACCAUCAACCAGAUACUGGGACAGCGGUGGCACUCGCUGUCCAAAGAGGAGCAGAGUAAGUUUUAUGAGCUGGCUCGUCAGGAGCGCCUCCUCCACUCCAAGCUGUACCCCGGCUGGUCGGCCAGAGACAACUACGGUAAAAAGAAGAAGAGGAAGAGGACGAAGAGCGAGACGCAGUUUGAAGGUGAGAAGAGAAUCAGCUCCGAGUCCGACCCCAGCAAGCUGCGGCUGUACUACACAGAGACACACAAACUACACAAACUACACACAACGAGCUCCGGCUGCUUCUUCACACAGACACACAAACUACACAAACUACACACAACAAGCUCCGGCUGCUUCUUCACAGAGACACACAAACUACACAAACUACACACAACGAGCUGCGGCUGUACUACACAGAGACACACAAACUACACAAACUACACACAACGAGCUCCGGCUGCUUCUUCACAGAGACACACAAACUACACACAACGAGCUGCGGCUGUACUUCACAGAGACACACAAACUACACACAACAAGCUCCGGCUGCUUCUUCACAGAGAAACACAAACUAGACAAACUACACACAACGAGCGCCGGCUGCUUCUUCACAGAGACACACAAACUACACUAACUACACACAACAAGCUCCGGCUGCUUCUUCACAGAGACACACAAACUAGACAAACUACACACAACGAGCGCCGGCUGCUUCUUCACAGAGACGCACAAACUACACUAACUACACACAACGAGCUCCGGCUGAUUCUUCACAGAGACACACAAACUACACACAACGAGCGCCGGCUGUUUCUUCACAGAGACACACAAACUACACAAACUACACACAACGAGCUCCGGCUGCUUCUUCACAGAGACACACAAACUACACAAGUAAAGUUGCAUAAUGUGUUGAAUUCAAAUCUUCCACAGUAAAAGGUUCUUCUUCCUCCUGUGAUGAACAUCACCAGUUUUCCUCGUGUGUGAUUUGAUGAUUAUUGAUUUUGUCUCGUGUGCGUCGCUGAUGAAAAUGUCCGACAACAUGUGUGUGAUU